AGGAGCAGCUGCUGAAUUUGACAACUGAAACAUCCAGUGGAGAACAGUAUCGGCGGUUAAUGUGUCAGAGUUGCUCGCGAACUUUAAAACCUACGUUUUACUUUAUCUGUUUAUGUUAACCUAUAGUUUGUGAUUUAUGCUGUCAGGCGGUUGAAAUAUGUCUCUGACACCGGAGAAAGCGUCUGAACUAAAACAGAUAAUUCAGGAUCAGUUAAUCAAGAUGGACAUUCAUGGGAAAAUUCGUGCUGUCCUUGCGGAGACGCUGAGGUCCGAAGGGGACCGUGGAGAUCGGCCCCUCUCUGAGGAAGAUUUCCUCACUGCUCUCCAGCGCAGAGGCAUCGUAGAAGAGGCCAUGAAGGAGCUAAGUUUCGCCAAUGUGGCAGAGCCACAAGCAGAGACAGAUGCUCUGAACAAGUCUCCAAGGCGUUUCUCUGAGAAGGGCAUUACGCAGCUUAAAACAACUAAUAUCAGUCCACUGAGGAGAUACCUGUACCUGCAGGUUCUUGGGGGCAAAGCCUUCCUCGAGCACCUGCAGGAGCCAGAGCCUUUACCUGGUCAGGUGUGCUCUACCUUUACACUCUACCUACACUUCCGUAACCAGCGCUUUCGUUCUAAACCUGUGCCAUGUGCAUGUGAGCCAGACUUACAAGAGGGUUUCCUUCUUGAAGUACACAGAGAUGGUCCAGGUGACGCCAGUAAAAUGGCUGAUGCCACCACCAUGUUGUCCAUCUGUGACCCAGUUCACAUGGUGUUGAUUAAAACAGACACCUCUGGGGACACCACGCUCAUUUCCUCUUAUUUCCUGGACUGGCGGUCUGUCCUCAGCGCCCCUAAUGGGAAGACAGGAGUGUCUGUGGAACUGCUUGGCGUAGGUAGUGAAUGUAAAGUGCCAACUGGUGUUCUUAACCUUAAGUUGGAGAUGUAUCCUCCUCUCAGUGAAAUUCUGAGCCCUGAAGUGAUCAGCACACAGCAAUCACUGGAGCGGCAGAAGAAUGCAGAAAAGGAGCGUUUAUUUCUGGUGUAUGCUAAGCAGUGGUGGAGAGAGUUUUUAGAGAUACGACCUUCACACCAGUCCAAACUAGUUAAGAUCUUUGCCCAGGAUGAGAAUGGUGUAAACCGGCCGGUGUGUUCCUAUGUGCAUGUGUUGCGUGCUGGCCGGUUGUUGGAAAGUCCACGGCAGGCAGCUCGCUUUGUCAGCCUUCUGGCCCAGGAGAGAGCGCCUGUGGUGGGGGGAGGAGCGCGGCAGGAGCAGUGGUGCACCAUGAUGGCCUUCCUUUGUAGGAACAAGGGUGAUUGUGAGGACCAUGCCACGCUGCUGUGCAGUCUGCUACUUGGCUUUGGACUGGAUGCAUAUGUGUGUGUGGGCACCAAAGCCAAAAACACCCCUCACACCUGGGUGAUAACUUGUGGUACUGAUGGCACUGUCACCUUCUGGGAGAGCCUGACUGCACACAGGUACCUACACCAGCCAAAAGACCCUGAAGCUCCUCCGCUGGUUCCUCAGCCCAAACCCACCUACCCGUAUCGCACCCUUGGCUGUGUGUUCAACCACAAGACUUUUCUGGCUAACUGCCAGCCCUCAGACUCUGUGGAGCUGUGUGUGUUUGAUUUUACAGAUAGUUCCCGCUGGAAGGCCAUGAGUGAGGAGGCAGUUCGGUCAGUCUGUGCCCCUGGCUCUACUUCUUCUCUCCCACCAACGCCUCCUCUCUGCGCACCUUCUGUUCAUCCCAGUGAGGCCAGCAACCAGCUGGAGCUGGAGAUGCGCUACUUACUGGCUGAGCACAGGAAGGAUCUGGGUCUGGUGACGAUCUGGGAUGAUCAUCUGUCUUACCUGCUGUCCUCUGCUCUAGCAGCCUAUGAGCUGGAGCGUUGUACAGGGGUGUCAUGUGGAAACGAGGAAUUUCAGGAUGCUGUUAGGAGAGCCGUACCUGACGGACACACCUUUAAAGGUUUUCCUAUUCAUUUCCUGCACCGCAAUGCUCGCAGAGCCUUCGCUACCUGCCUCAGGUCACCUUUCUGUGAGGAGAUUGUGUGUUGUCGUGGAGACCAUGUCCGGCUGGCGGUUCGGGUGCGCGUGUUUGCCUAUCCUGAGAUGGCCUGCGCUGUCUGGAUCAUGUUCGCCUGCAAGUACAGAUCAGUGCUGUGACCUUUUAACACAAUCUGUAUGCAUUAGAACCAGCAUUAUUCUCACCCUUCUCCAUCAGGUACUCAAUGUAUGUGUGUAUGUAUGUAUUGUGUGUGUGUGUGUGUGUAUGUGUGUGUGUUUAAAAAAGACAGCUGGGGACUGCUUUCCUCCUGACAAGUUGCUUAAAGAUUGUGUCUUUUUAUACAAGUGCACUUCUGUAUUUGUAUAUAUUUUUGUAAGUAAAUUAAAAGUAUCUAAAACAUU